AUGAUUAGAAUUCUUAAAAACCAGAAAUCAGGAUUAACGAUUGUCCACAUCAAUGCCCAAAGUCUAAAUAAUAAAUUAGAUGAACUUCGUGAUAUAUUUGUUAACUCUGAUAUAGAUAUAAUAUGCAUAUCCGAAACCUGGUUCCAUCCUGAAAUAUCUGACAAUUUGUACUCUUUACCGGGAUAUAAAGUUUUGAGAGCUGAUAGGCACUCCCAUGCUGGUGGAGUUGCAAUAUAUUUAAAAAACUGUAUCCACGGUGCUAUAAAACUGAAGUCUGAGCAAGGCAACUGUAUUGAAUACCUCUUUGUUGAAAUAACUGGCAUUUCUAACUCGUCAAUGCUUAUUGGAUGUGUAUAUAGGCCCAACAGCAGCACACCGUUUGACAUGCUGAUAUCGUGCCUUGAAAGAAUAUCAUUACGAUAUAAUGAUAUUGUUAUUGCGGGAGAUUUUAACAGCAAUAUUUUAAUUGAAACGCAAUUUUCUGAUGCUAUGGAACUUCUUGAUCUGGUACCUACUAACCGCUCUGUUCCAACCCAUUUUACUAAUCAUUCGUCUACUCUUUUGGACAUUUUCUUUGUGAACUGUGAGUCAAAGGUUCUUUUAUAUGACCAAAUUGCAGCACCGGCUUUUUCUAAACAUGACUUGAUAUUUCUUGUGUAUGACUAUCACAUAAAUCAACAAGACGAGACAAUUACAUUCCGUGAUUUUAAAAAACUGAACUAUAAUCUUCUUAAUAGCCUUACUGAUAAUGUCGAAUGGGAUUCUAUAUAUCAGUUAAAUUCUGUGGAUGACCAAACAGCAUUUUUGCAGCAUUAUAUUAGCUUAAUAUAUAGUCAAUGUGUUCCUGAAAAAACCAUUACCAUAAAAAAUCAGCAACCCCCAUGGUUUAAUGAACAGUUACGUGCACUAAUCGAUGAAAGAAAUAUUGCAUACAAACGAUGGAAACGAUACAGAACAACACAACUGCAUGAGCGCUUUAAGUGUGCCAGGCGAAAUGUUGGGAAAAGCAUAAACGAUGCCAAAACGCUAUUCUUUCGGAAAAAAUUUCUAAAUGCUGUUAACAGCAGAUCUAAAUGGAAGGAAAUUCGUAAAAUUGGCAUAGGAGCGAAAACCAACACCAACUUUCCGCCCAAUCUAAACAUCAAUGAACUGAAUGAGCAUUUUGUAUCUCUAAUUCGCCAUGAAGAUCCUAAUAUUGAAACAUCAGGCAGUACAGUGACAGGAAACUCGAUGCAGCCUAACAAACACGAAGCCGACGAUGAGACAUCACCCACUGACUGGCGGACCAAUGAUUGA